CAGGUGAUGUCCACGGGGCACUUUUCAACUGUUUGAUUUGCGGAGACAGGUUUUCAACUGCAAACACCUUUGCUGAGCACUGCUUGAAAGCGCAUGCCAAAGAGGGAUUAAACACUGAGGAGAAAUGUAACAUUGGAAAUGGAGAGGACAUACACGCUGAAGGGAAAUUACAGACUUGGCAGAAAUUAUACAAUGGUGAGGAAUUACACACUGGAGAGAAAUUACACUUUCAAGAGAAAUUACCCACUGGAGAUGUAUUACACACUGGGGAGAAGCUAUAUUCUGUUGAGAAAUUACACACUGGUGAGGAAUUACACGCUGGAGAAAAUUCAUAUACUGGUCAGGAAUUGCACACUGAAGAGAAAUUUCACACUGGAGAAAAGUUAUAUACUGGUGAGGAAUUGCACACUGGAGAGAAAUUACACACUGGAGAAAAAUUAUAUACUGGUGGGAAAUUGCACAAUGGAGACACUUUAAUUAGUAGUACUAGUGAAACUGUUGAUAGAAGUGAACGAAUUAUUUCAAAACCAUAUAAGUGUAGCAUUUGUGUGGAAAGCUAUUGGGCUGAAUUGAGCAACCUUCAGCGUCAUAUGAAAUUGACACAUGGAACAAGUUUUGAGAGUGGAACACAAUUUGAUGAUAGUGACACACAAGUUAAUGAUAGUGACACACAAGUUAAUAAUAGUGACACACAAUUUAAGGUUGUUCAAGAUGAUUUAAAGCCUAAUUCAUUAAUCCAAGAAGAAGAUAAAGUUGAAGUUAAUGAAGAGAAAACCAAGAAAAGCAUUAAUACAAGACCCAAAAAUCAUUGUUGUGAUAUAUGUCAAAAGAUGUUUUACGAUAAAAAAGAUGUUAUAAAUCAUAUGCGAAUUCAUACAGGCGAAAAACCUUUUAAGUGUGAAAUAUGUGAGAUGUGUUUCUCACAAAAAUGUACCCUUCGAUUGCAUAUGAGGAGAAAACAUAAUAUGAUACAAGAAGAUUAUAAACCUAAGAGAAUACAACCUCCUUUCUGUGAGCUAUGUAAAAGGAGCUUUACACAUUUACAAUCAUUCCGGAAUCAUAUGUUGAAGAAACAUAAAAUUUUGAUUCCAAAAAAACGUGGAGCGGUUGUUGAAGAGAGUAAACAUAAAGAUAUUCAAGAUGGCUUAAAUCCUAGUCCACUAAUUCAAAAAGAACACACAGCUGAGGUUAAAGAGAAGACCAAGAAAUCUACCAAAUCCAAAAAGCAUUGUUGUGAUAUAUGUCAGAAGAUGUUUUAUGAAAAGAAAGAUGUUAUAAAUCAUAUGCGAAUCCAUACAGGCGAAAAACCUUUUAAAUGUGAAUUAUGUGAGAUGAGUUUCUCACAAAAAAGUACUGUUCGAUGGCAUACGAGGAAUACACAUAAGGUGAUACAAGAAGAUUAUAAACCUAAGAGAAUACAACCUCCUUUCUGUGAGCUAUGUAAAAGGAGCUUUACACAUUUACAAUCAUUCCGGAAUCAUAUGUUGAAGAAACAUAAAAUUUUGAUUCCAAAAAAACGUGGAGCGGUUGUUGAAGAGAGUAAACAUAAAGAUAUUCAAGAUGGCUUAAAUCCUAGUCAAAUCCUAAUUCAAAAAGAACACACAGCUGAGGUUAAAGAGAAGACCAAGAAAUCUACCAAAUCCAAAAAGCAUUGUUGUGAUAUAUGUCAGAAGAUGUUUUAUGAAAAGAAAGAUGUUAUAAAUCAUAUGCGAAUCCAUACAGGCGAAAAACCUUUUAAAUGUGAAUUAUGUGAGAUGAGUUUCUCACAAAAAAGUACUGUUCGAUGGCAUACGAGGAAUACACAUAAGGUGAUACAAGAAGAUUAUAAACCUAAGAGAAUACAACUCCCUUUCUGUGAGCAAUGUAAAAGAAGCUUUACACAUUUACAAUCAUUCCGGAAUCAUAUGUUGAAGAAACAUAAAAUAUUGAUUCCAAAAAAACGUGGAGCGGUUGUUGAAGAGAGUAAACAUAAAGAUAUUCAAGAUGGCUUAAAUCCUAGUCCACUAAUUCAAAAAGAACACACAGCUGAGGUUAAAGAGAAGACCAAGAAAUCUACCAAAUCCAAAAAGCAUUGUUGUGAUAUAUGUCAGAAGAUGUUUUAUGAAAAGAAAGAUGUUAUAAAUCAUAUGCGAAUCCAUACAGGCGAAAAACCUUUUAAAUGUGAAUUAUGUGAGAUGAGUUUCUCACGAAAAUGUACCGUUCGAUGGCAUACGAAGAAUACACAUAAGGUGAUACAAGAAGAUUAUAAACCUAAGAAAAACAGCUCAAUACAUGAAGAAUGUUCAAAUGAGGCAACAGAAAGUUUCCAAAAGGCAACAGAAAAAUCAAAUGAGCCAAUAGAGAUUUCAGAUGAGGCAACAGAAAGUUCAAACAAACCAGUGGAAAGUUCAAAUAAGGCAACAGAAGGUUCUAACAAACCAAUGAAAAGUUCAAAUAAGGCAACAGAAGGUUCUAACAAACCAAUGGAAAGUUCAAAUAAGGCAACAGAAGGUUCAAACAAACCAAUGGAAAGUUCAAAUAAGGCAACAGAAGGUUCAAACAAACCAAUGGAAAGUUCAAAUAAGGCAACAGAAGGUUCAAACAAACCAAUGGAAAGUUCAAAUAAGGCAACAGAAGGUUCUAACAAACCAAUGGAAAGUUCAAAUAAGGCAACAGAAGGUUCUAACAAACCAAUGGAAAGUUCAAAUAAGGCAACAGAAGGUUCAAACAAACCAAUGGAAAGCUCAAAUAAGGCAACAGAAGGUUCAAACAAACCAAUGGAAAGUUCAAAUAAGGCAACAGAAGGUUCUAACAAACCAAUGGAAAGUUCAAAUAAGGCAACAGAAGGUUCUAACAAACUAAUGGAAAGUUCAAAUAAGGCAACAGAAGGUUCUAACAAACCAAUGGAAAGUUCAAAUAAGGCAACAGAAGGUUCAAACAAACCAAUGGAAAGUUCAAAUAAGGCAACAGAAAGACUGAAUAGGACAAUUGAAUGUUCAAAUGAGCCAUUAGAAAAUUCAAAUGAAACCUACUCCAAAAAGCAUAGCUGUGAUAUAUGUCAGAAAGUGUUUCAUUGUAAGAUUGCUGUUAUAAAUCAUAUGCGAACCCACACUGGUGAAAAACCUUUUAAGUGUGAGAUAUGUAAGAUGUGUUUUUCACAAAAAUGUACAGUUCGAUGGCAUAUGAGGAGGACACAUAAUAUGAUACAAGAAGACUAUAAACCUAGAAGGAAAUACUUCAUUAGUAAAAAGGAGAAGAGUAAGAAUCCUACCAAUCCUACCAAACCAAAAAAGCAUAGUUGUGAUAUAUGUCAGAAGAUGUUUCAUGAAAAGAAAGGUGUUGAAAAUCAUAAGCGAAUCCAUACAGGCGAAAAACCUUUUAAAUGUGAAUUAUGUGAGAUGUGUUUCUCACAAAAAGGUACCGUUCGAUGGCAUAUGAGGAAUACACAUAAGGUGAUACAAGAAGACUAUAAACCUAGAAGGAAACACUUCUUUAGUAAAAAGGAGAAGAGUAAGAAGAGUAAGAAGCCUACCAAACCCAAAAAUCAUUGUUGUGAUAUCUGUCAAAAUAUGUUUUACCAGAAGAAAGAUGUUAUAAAUCAUAUGCGAACCCACACUGGUGAAAAACCUUUUAAGUGUGAGUUAUGUAAGAUGUGUUUUUCACAAAAAAGUGCAGUUCGAUGUCAUAUGAGGAGGACACAUAAUAUGAUACAAGAAGACUAUAAACCUAGAAGGAAACACUUCUUUAGUAAAAAGGAGAAGAGUAAGAAGCCUACCAAACCCAAAAAUCAUUGUUGUGAUAUCUGUCAAAAGAUGUUUUACCGGAAGAAAGAUGUUGUAAAUCAUAUGCGAAUCCAUACCGGGGAAAAACCAUUUAUGUGUGAAAUAUGCGCACGGCGUUUCUCACAGGAAAGUAACCUUCGAUUACAUAUGAGAAGAACACAUAAUAUGAUACAAAAAGGUUAUAAGCCUCGAGUGAGCCUAAAAAAUCUGAUACAUGGAGAAAGUUCAAAUGAGCCAAUAGAAAGUUUACCCAAGGCAACAAAAAGUUCAAAUGAUUCACCAGAAAGAUCAAAUGAGGCAAUAGAAAGUUCAACAAAGGCAACAGGAAGUUCACAUAAGGUAACAGAAAGUUCAAGUGAGGCAAAAGAAAGUUCAACAAAGGCAACAGGAAGUUCACAUAAGGUAACAGAAAGUUCAAGUGAGGCAAAAGAAAGUUCAACAAAGGCAACAGGAAGUUCACAUAAGGUAACAGAGAGUUCAAGUGAGGCAAAAGAAAGUUCAACAAAGGCAACAGGAAGUUCACAUAAGGUAACAGAAAGUUCAAAUGAGGCAAUAGAAAGUUCAACAAAGGCAACAGGAAGUUCACAUAAGGUAACAGAAAGUUCAAGUGAGGCAAAAGAAAGUUCAACAAAGGCAACAGGAAGUUCACAUAAGGUAACAGAAAGUUCAAAUGAGGCAAUAGAAAGUUCAACAAAGGCAACAGGAAGUUCACAUAAGGUAACAGAGAGUUCAAGUGAGGCAAAAGAAAGUUCAACAAAGGCAACAGGAAGUUCACAUAAGGUAACAGAAAGUUCAAAUGAGGCAAUAGAAAGUUCAACAAAGGCAACAGGAAGUUCACAUAAGGUAACAGAAAGUUCAAGUGAGGCAAAAGAAAGUUCAAAUAAGUCAUCAGAAAGUUCAAAUAAGAAAAUUGAAAGUCCCAAUAAGCCAACAGAAAGUUCAAACGAGGCAAUCCAACAUUAAAUUGAUCCAAGCAUAAGAUGAUACAAGAAGGUUAUAAUCCAAAGAAAAACAAAUUGAUGCACAAAGAAAGUUCAAAUGAGGCAACUGAAAGGUAAUGCAGCUAAUAAAUAAUUCAAAGUUCAAAUGAUCCAAGAGAAAAUUCAAAUGAGCUGACAGAGAGUUCAAAUAAAGCAACUGAGAGUUCAAGUCAGUCUACACAUGGGCUUUCUGGUUAAAGCCCAUGGUCUACAGAGCUUAAAUGAGCCAACAGUAAGUUUAAGUUGUGAACCUGAAGCUUAUAUACUAAAAAGUUAACAGAAGGUUCAAAUAUUAGGUAACAAAAAGUUCUAAUUUGUCAAUGGGAAGUUCAAAUAACAUCAACAGAAAGUUCUUUAAGUUAACAAAAAGUUCAAAGAAGUCAAUAGAAAGUUCAAACAAGCCAACAGAAAUUCAAAUAAGGUUAAUAAAAAGUUCUAAUGAUACAUGGUAUAUUCAAUAUCUAUGUAUACCCAUUUUUCACUGCAAUGGGAACAGAGUUAAAAACAAUUAUAUUAAAAUCAUAACUGUAAAGAAGCAUGUAUUAUUUUACUAUAUUAUUGAUACAUUUCCUCCAAGGAAAUAUACAGACUUGUCACCUAUAUAGUAUAAUAUUAGAUUUAGAUCACU